CCGCCCCGCCUUAGCUCCCGCGCUAGAGAGAAACAUGUGUCGUUUCCGAUCACAGCUCUUCACGGGGAUUUCUGCUACCGCCACUGCCCACUCUUACCCCCGUCGCUUCUCGCCUCUGUUGUUAGCCGAAGACUCGCCUCUCAGCCGCCCGCCGCACAGACGCACGAGUAAAAAGUGCAGUUCCAUUGGCUGAUCUUCGCUAAUCUCCGAGUUUGGACGGCACCGGGCGUCCCACGAUGCCGAAGAAUAAGAAGCGGAACACUCCCCACCGCGGUGGCAGUGGUGGUGGCGGCGGCGCAGGUGCAGUUGCAGCGACGACAGCGGCAGCAGGUGGCCAGCAUCGAAAUGUUCAACCUUUCAGUGAUGAAGAUGCAUCAAUUGAAACAAUGAGCCAUUGCAGUGGUUUCAGUGAUCCUUCCAGUUUUGCUGAAGAUGGACCAGAAGUCCUUGGUGAGGAAGGAACUCAAGAAGACUUAGAGUACAAGUUAAAGGGCUUCAUUGACCUGACUCUGGAUAAGAGUGCGAAGACAAGACAGGCAGCUCUUGAAGGUAUUAAAAAUGCAAUGACUUCAAAAAUGCUUUAUGAAUUUAUUCUGGAAAGAAGAAUGACUAUAACCGAUAGCAUUGAACGCUGCCUGAAAAAAGGUAAGAGUGAAGAGCAACGUGCAGCUGCAUCAUUAGCAUGUGUUCUUUGUAUUCAAUUGGGCCCCGGAAUUGAAAGUGAAGAGAUUUUAAAAACACUUGGACCAAUCCUAAAGAAAAUAAUUUGUGAUGGAACAGCUAAUAUCCAGGCUAGGCAAACUUGUGCAACUUGCUUUGGUGUUUGCUGUUUUAUUGCCACAGAUGACAUUACGAGCUGUAAUUCAACUCUGGAAUCCUUGGAAAAUAUCUUCACCAAGUCAUAUCUCAAAGAGAAAGACACUAAUGGUAUUUGUAGCACUCCUAAUAUGGUGCUUCAUAUCAGCUCACUUCUCGCCUGGACAUUAUUACUGACCAUAUGCCCAAUCAAUGAAGUGAAGAAAAAGCUUGAGAUGCAUUUACGUAAACUUCCAAGCCUACUCUCUUGUGAUGAUGUAAAUAUGAGAAUUGCUGCUGGUGAAUCUUUGGCACUUCUGUUUGAAUUGGCCAGAGGAAUGGAUAGUGAUUUUUUUUAUGAAGACAUGGAGUCUUUGACUCAGAUGCUUAGGGCUUUGGCUACAGAUGGAAAUAAGCACCGGGCCAAAGUGGACAAAAGAAAGCAGCGGUCAGUCUUCAGAGAUGUUCUGAGGGCGGUGGAGGACCGAGAUUUUCCAACAGAAACUGUUAAAUUUGGUCCUGAACGCAUGUAUAUUGAUUGCUGGGUCAAAAAGCAUACCUAUGAUACCUUUAAGGAGGUUCUUGGGUCGGGGAUGCAGUACCACUUGCAGUCAAAUGAAUUCCUUCGCAAUGUAUUUGAACUUGGACCCCCCGUGAUGCUUGAUGCUGCAGCUCUUAAAACGAUGAAGAUUUCUCGUUUUGAAAGGCAUUUAUAUAACUCUGCAGCCUUCAAAGCUCGAACAAAAGCUCGAAGCAAAUGUCGAGAUAAGAGAGCAGAUGUUGGAGAAUUCUUCUAGAUUUUCAGCACUUGAAGACUACUUUCUAAUUUCCUUUAAAAUUUUUUUUUGUAAUUUCUAAUGUAAUUAAACUCUAGAAACAGUUUUUAUCUUGGGAUAAACAUAGAUAACUUUUGUAGUAGGGCUUAUAUUAUAAUUUAAUGCACAGUAUUGCAAAUGGUGAGUUCUGAUUAUUGAGUAUUGUCUUGUAAAUAGAAUCAGUAAACAUGAAUAAAGUGUUUGUAAUGUUUGGUCAUGUUCUGUUUGUGAAGAGAAAGAAUCUUGAUUUUUCAUGAUGAAAACUUAACGCAAGGUUAAAUUUUUUAAUCUGGUUGUCAAAAAUAUUGAUUAUGAUGAAGUAUACAAGGUAUAAAAUUAUGUUCUUGGACAAAUGAGUUCUAGAUACAAUUUAUGGGAGAUCGUUCCUUUGAGGAAGCUGCUGUAUUUUAAAUUUUAAAUGGAACAUAGCUAUUUUUUAAUUUUAAUUUUGUCACUGGGCUUGACAAAAGGAAUUAUACCAUGAGAUCUCUCAGCUGCACUUAAAGGGAGUUCAGUUCAGCUAUUGCAAGUUCAUGAUGAAUUAGCAUAUGCCAGGAAGACUGCUAACCUUAAUCUCCAAAAGCAAUAACACUAAUUUUAUCUGCCGUGCAAGACCUUGUGCUCUUUACUUUAAAUAAAAGAUGUUUUCACACUUGAAGUGCUUUUAUAAAAAAAGAAUUUUAUUAUUUAUGCAUUUAAGGUAGAGAAUUCAAAAUGAUUAAGCCAAGUAGGGAGGGGGUAAGACAAAGCUUCAUUUGUAUAUCUGGAAACACAUUAAAAUAGCUGAAAAGAUGUAGCAAUAUGUAAUUGGUAUUAAACUCACUGACUUUGAAGGAUAAUGCUGCUUGGGUUGCCCCGUGCGGUAUUUUCCUCAUUUUAUGGAAAGUUGUAAGCAUUUUGACAAUACAUUAAUUAUUAUUACUACUUUUGGUUAAAAUUUUGAUGAAAAUUCUAUAGCACCAGAAAUAUCUGCAGUUGAGAAUUCAUUGACUGUUUCUUUGAUAUUCUUACUGCAGAAAACAGUGAUAGGGAAGGAGUGAGGGGUGGAGAAAUAUGUACCCUCUAGAUAGGAGUAGCUAAGAUAUUUUCCAAACUAAUUUACUUACUAUCCCAUAUUCCUAACUUCUGGAAGGUCUGAUGUGCUCCCUGGUUGAAAGUCAUUGGCUGGCUUAUCGAGUCACUGUUGCUGGUAUAUCUUUCAGUAUAAAGGAAUGGAAAACUGAUUUGGAAUUUCUGGCUUGAGUUUGUGUGUUAACCACCUCCUUGUGUUCCAAGUAGGUUAGAACCAUGGAAAAGGAAUUGCGAAGUGUUUUUCUAAAUUUUUAGUUUCGUAUAUGUAUACAUAUUUUUAAAUAAAAAUGAAUUUUUAUUAUUAUGA